AUGCCCCUCGCUGUUGGAACAUCGGCGUUGAAGUCGGAGGUAGAGGUUGCUCAGGCCGAGAAACCGGAGCUGGAGCAGGUCAAAUGGUGGCGCGAGCCUGGUCUCCGCCGACUAUAUUUCUGGGCAUCGGUUCUCUGCGUCGCAUCGGCGACAACUGGAUACGAUGGUAUGAUGCUGAAUACGUCGCAAAACCUCGACGCGUGGCAAGAAUACUUUGGCACUCCAGGCGGCUCCAAGCUUGGCUUGAUGAAUGCCAUCUACCAAAUUGGUAGUCUUGCCAGCUUUCCUUUUGUUCCCUUCAUGGCGGAUCUUUGGGGCCGCAAGGUCCCAAUCAUCCUCGGUUGUCUUUUGAUGAUCCUUGGUGGCUUCCUCGGUGCAUUCUGCAAGGAUUAUGGAAUGUACGUCGCUGGUCGGUUGUUCCUGGGUUUUGGCAACAGCAUGGCCCAGAUGGCAUCCCCAGUCCUCCUCACCGAGAUCUGCCACCCACAACACCGUGGCAAGGUCACCACCAUUUAUAACUGCCUGUGGAACCUGGGCGCUUUGGUUGUCGCAUGGAUUGCCUGGGGCACCAUGUACAUUAAUAAUGAUUGGUCAUGGAGAAGCUUGACUCUUCUCCAGGUCUUCCCUGCAGUGAUCCAAAUCGCACUCAUCUGGUGGGUCCCAGAGUCUCCCCGAUGGCUCGUAUCCAAAGAGCGAUACGACGAAGCACUGCGCACUCUCGCCUACUACCACGGCAACGGCGACGAGCACAAUGCGACCGUCCAAUUCGAGUAUCGGGAGAUCAAAGAGACCAUCAGCUUGGAAAUGCAGUACCAAAAGAACAGCAGCUAUCUCGAUUUCAUGAAGACGAAAGGCAACCGCUACCGACUGGCUAUCCUGGUGUCUCUCGGCAUCAUCUCUCAAUACAGUGGGAAUGCUUUGUUCAGUAACUACACUAGCUUGAUCUACAACAGCAUGGGGAUCACUGAGCAGAAUAAGAAGAUCCCGCUUAAUGGUGGACAAACUCUCCUCAGUUUGAUCGUCAGUGUCAGCAGUGCCUUUUUCGUUGAUCGCGUCGGAAGAAGACCUCUCUUCCUGAUUUCAACAGUCGGCAUGGUUCUCAUGUUCCUCGCGUGGACUGUCACUUCAUCGGUAUAUGAAAGAACCCAAGACGUAAAGACUUCAGGGUACCCCCAAGUCGUCUUCGUCUGGCUCUUCUCUGUCUUUUACGCGAUCGCCUGGUCGGGUCUGCUGGUGGCAUACACUCUCGAGAUUCUCCCGUACCGCCUUCGUGCCAAGGGUAUCAUGAUUAUGAAUCUAACUGUCCAAGCCUCGCUGGUUCUCGGAAAUUAUACCAAUCCCAUAGCCUGGGAAAAUCUGCCGCACCAUUGGAAUCUGUCACUCAUCUAUACGAUCUGGAUUUUCAUCGAGCUUCUUUUCGUGUAUUUCUUCUAUGUUGAGACCCGCGGUCCAACUCUCGAAGAACUAGCCAAGAUCUUUGAUGGAGAAGACGCCGCCGUUGCGCAUGUUGAUUUGCGUGAAAUUGAGAAGGAUAUCCAAGUGGAUACUAAAGAGCCCAAAGCAUAG